AUGAAGGGCAUUAGCGAUGAGGAUUAUGAGCAUGCACAAAAGGUAUGGAAUGCAAUUGGAGGUGUGGCUCUUGGUAAUUACCACGACGUGUACUUGAACACCGAUGUCCUGCUGCUACCUGAUGUGUUCGAGACUUUCCGCCAUACCUGCCAAGAGCACUAUGGAAUAGAUCUUCCGCACUUCUACACCACCCCCGGUUUAGCCUGGAGGGCUGCCCUCAAAGAAACCAAAGUUGCGCUAGAGCUCCUCACAGACAUCAACAUGCUCUUGAUGUUCGAAAAGGGCCUACGAGGGGGGAUCAUACAAGCGGUAAAGCGCUACGCCAAAGCCAACAACUCAUACAUGCCGGACUAUAAGCCUGACGAAGCCAGCACUUUCAUUCAGUAUCUAGAUGCGAACAACUUUUACGGAUGGGCGAUGGUUCAAAAGCUUCCAACAAACGGCUUUAGAUGGAUCAAGGACCCCGAGAAGUUUACACCCGAGUUCAUCGAGAAAUUGGUGGAGAAAGACAACAAGGGGUACAUCCUCGAAGUUGACGUUGAGUAUCCGCAGACUUUGCACAAGACCCAUAACGACUUGCCCUUCCUACCAGAGACUAUGACGAUUGGGAAGGUGCGGAAGUUAGUACCUAACCUAUAUAACAAGCAAAGGUAUGUGAUGCACAUCAGAACCUGGAACCAGGCGCUGAAGCAUGGUUUGGUGUUGACGAAAGUACACCGCGCGAUCAAGUUUGAACAAGAGGCGUGGUUGAAGCCGUAUAUAGACAAGAAUACCCAGCUCCGUACCAAAGCGAAGAUUAAAUCCGAGCAGGACUUUUUCAAGUUGAUGAACAACAGUGUGUUCUGUAAAACCAUGGAGAAUUUACGGAAUCACCGAGACAUAAAGCUGAUUACCGAUGAGCAGCAGUACAAGAAGUAUGUCCAAAAACUCAAUUUCAAAGAUAGUGUACGGUUCAGCGAGAACUUGAUCGGCGUGGAGAUUGGGAAACUCAAGAUCACCAUGAACAAGCCUGUGUAUCUUGGGCAAGCCAUAAUAGACAUGAGCAAGCUCGAUAUCGCGGGAGACGUGGAAGCCAGAUUCGACACCAGUGGAUACUCUAAAGAUGACAACAGACCCCUACCUCUGUGCAAGAAUAAGAAGGUGAUUUGUUUAAUGAAAGACGAGCUGAGUGGGAAGAUUAUGACGGAGUUUGUCGCCCUACGCGCUAAAAUGUAUGCCUAUCGUAUAUUGGAUGAGAGUGAAGGCAAGCGCUGCAAAGGCAUAAAGAGCUUCGAGGACUACAAGGAGUGCUUGUUUGGUGGCAAAACGAUGUAUAGAGAGCAGGUCCUAUUUGAACAUAAGAAGCACGAGAUCUAUACGGUCAACAAAAGCAAAAUAGCACUGAACAGAGACGACGACAAGCGGAUCAUCGCGGAAGAUGGGAUUAAGACACAAUUUCAGAUCGACAAAAACGGACAACUGACAAAAUGGUGCAUUAAAUGCUUAGAUGGUCAGAAGGCGACACAGGAAACCAGACUUCGCGAUGCUUUAAACUAUGAUACAGAGGGUGCGAGAGAACGGAGAAUACCCCAGCGAAGAAUUGCAACUCGCGAGGCUCCACUACAAAAACAUACAGCCGAUGUGGAUCGAAGACAACCAAAAGAAGGGCAAUCGAUAUAA